UCAGUAUACAUCAUGACCGAACCAACCCCCCCAACCGAGCUCGGUCGUCUCCGCAUCCUCUCAUCCACCGCAGGCAUUCGCGUCUCCCCUCUCCAACUAGGCGCCAUGUCCAUCGGUGACGCCUGGGCAGGUCUCAUGGGCUCCAUGAACAAGCCUUCCGCCUUCAAACUCCUCGACACCUUCUACGAGUCCGGUGGAAACAUCAUCGAUGCCGCCAGUAACUACCAGAACGAGCAGUCCGAGAAAUGGAUCGGGGAAUGGAUACAGGCCCGCCAGAACCGUGACUCCUUGGUCCUGGCCACCAAGUUCAGCAUGGACUAUCGCAGUCAUGAAGUGGGAAGGGGUCCCCAGGCAGCCAAUUUUGCGGGAAAUUCCCGCCGUAGCAUUCAUGUUGGGAUUCGGGAUUCAUUGAGGAAGUUGCAGACUGAUUAUGUUGACAUCUAUUACAUCCACUACUGGGACUACACCACCUCCAUCAAGGAGAUCAUGGACGCACUACAUAUCCUCGUCGAGCAGGGCAAGGUGCUAUACCUCGGAGCAUCGGACACCCCUGCUUGGGUGGUUGCAGCGGCCAAUACCUACGCCAUAGCCCACGGUAAAACCCCCUUCAGCAUCUACCAGGGACGGUGGAAUGUCUUGAACCGUGAUUUUGAACGCGACAUUAUCCCCAUGGCUCGUCAUUUUGGUAUGGCGCUUGCACCAUGGGACGUCCUCGGCGGAGGCAAAUUCCAAACCAAAGCUGAACUCGAACGCCGCGAAUCUACCGGAGAAACCCUGCGCAAUUUCGGUGGUCGACCUCCCUAUCAGCUCGAGGACGAGGUCAAGAUGAGCGAGGCGCUGGCAAAGGUUGCCUCGGAGCAUAAUAUCGAGUCGGUUACUGCUAUCGCCCUGGCGUAUGUCAUGUCCAAAGCGGGAAAUGUGUUUCCUGUUGUGGGUGGGAGGAGGAUCGAGCAUCUCAGGGAUAAUAUCCAGGCUUUGAGUAUUAAGCUGACGGAUGAGCAAAUUGGGUAUUUGGAGAGCGUGAAGCCUUUCAAUAUUGGGUUUCCGCAUAAUUUUGUUCCGCCGGAUCCCAAUGUCUCAGGGCAGUCGUUUUUGAUUGCGAGGACGAAUGCGAUUAAGUUUCCGAAUGCGAGGAAGUUGACUUCUUUGUGA